AUGGGACUUAGAAGCGUGCUGGCCGGGGUGGCCCUUCUCGGUAGCUUAGCUGAUGCCGCGUCAAGCUUUAGUCCUGCAAGGCCUCCUGCAAUUCCUCUAGCUGUCAAGUCGCCAUACCUCAACUCAUGGCUAAAUGUCGGUAGCGACGGUGGGAAUGGAGGCUAUCUUGCUGGUGAAUGGCCAAAGUUUUGGAGUCAACAGAACACUGGCUGGGCAGGAUUCAUCCGUGUAGAUGGGAAAGCGUACAACUGGCUAGGCGCACCGCCUGGCGCGGAUGUGGUAGAUCAAACUGAGUUCUCUUACACGUCGACACGAAGCACGUUUGUGAUGAACGUAGGCGGCAAGGUUGAGAUGAAUAUCACAUUCUUGUCGCCUGUAACGCCUUCCGAUCUGAAACGACAAUCUCUAGUAUUCUCUUACCUCGAUGUUGGUGUACACUCGCUGGACGGCGCCAAUCAUGAUGUUCAGUUGUACGCUGAUGUCUCAGCUGAAUGGGCUUCUGGUGACCUUAACGCCAUUAUCGAGUGGGACUACAAAUCUGCCGACGGAGUUGCAUACCAUCAGUUCGAGCGUCAGGACCAGGCGGCGAUUUCCGAGACUAACCAGCAAGCAAACUGGGGCACUUGGUUCUGGUCCACCAAAGAUGAGGAUAAUCUCUCAUGGCAAAUUGGGGCCGACACUGACGUGAGAGGCGCUUUUAUCAACAAAGGUGUUCUUCCCAAUACCAAAGACACUAACUUCCGAGCUGUACAAGAUAACUGGCCGGUUUUCGGUUUCUCUAGCGACCUUGGUUCCGUCGGGUCGUCUACCGUUUCAACCUUGUAUACACUUGGUAUGACACAGGACGGCGCAAUCAACCUCCUAGGAGAAGGCAGCGACCUCACCACUUAUCCUGCACUGUGGCAGAGCUAUUUUGACUCGGCUGUUGACGCUGUGACCUUUUUUUACAACGAUUACGACGAGGUUUCGGAGCUAUCUACGGACUUGGAUAACAAGGUGGCCUCGGACUCGUUAGCUGCUGCAGGCCAGAACUACUUGACUUUGACAAGCCUUAGUGUCAGACAAACGUUCGGCGCCCUACAAUUUACAGGAACCGACGCGGACCCUCUAGUGUUCCUCAAGGAGAUCAGCUCAAACAGUGACAUCCAAACUGUAGACGUCAUCUUCCCCGCCAUUCCGCUGAUUCUAUACACGAACCCCUCUCUGCUCGACUACAUGCUCAAGCCGUUAUUCCUCAAUCAGGAGAGCGGCCACUAUCCCAACACUAACGCUAUCCACGACCUUGGUACUUUCCCCGUCGCUAAGGGCUAUCCUAAUGGUGAUGAUGAGCUCAUGCCACUAGAAGAGUGUGGUAACAUGAUUAUCAUGGUGCUUGCGUAUGCGCAACGUACCGGCGACAAUGCUUACCUUACCCAGCACUAUCCCAUUCUGAAGCAAUGGGCAGGCUACCUCGUAGACGAGGCCUUGAUCCCCGCAGAUCAAAUUUCAACCGAUGACUUUGCAGGCUCUCUAGCUAACCAGACGAACCUGGGACUCAAGGGAAUUAUCGGUCUGAAGGCUAUGGCCGAGAUUUCCGAACUUACGGGCAACGAUGACGACGCCAAGUCGUUCGACGACACAGCGAAGUCUUAUAUUGAGCAGUGGCAAGGAUUCGGGCUGAACACGGCAGCGGACCCGCCGCACGCGACACUGAGCUAUGGAGACGACGACUCCCACGGGUUACUCUACAACUUGUACGCCAACUCACUGCUGGGAUUUGGAGAUUUUGUACCGAAGUCUGUGUAUGACAUACAAUCAGACUUCUACCCGACGGUAGCGCUCGAGUAUGGUGUACCGCUCGAUACACGCCACACGUAUACAAAGACUGAUUGGAUGUUAUGGGCUGCAGCUAUCUCUAGUGAGGAGACUCGCGAUACUUUCAUCCGCCUGAUCGCUGGUUGGAUUGAUAGCACGCCUACUAAUAAGCCACUGACUGAUCUUUACGAUGCUGCUACCGGCGAUUACCCCGGCGGCCUCCAGUUCACGGCGCGACCUGUGGCCGGUGGCCACUUUGCGCUGCUAGCACUACCGUAG